AUCCUUCCGUCGUCAUGAUACGGACGGGAAGCUCAAUCAGUGUGCAGCAUGCUUGCUGCGGAAUGGACAUCUGGUAUGUGGGAAUCCUCCAGCCCUGUAAGCAGGAGUUUGUGUCACCCAUCAUGUACAUAGUAUGUACACAGUUACUCCAUCUGUAUAUACCAAUGUAUAAAGGCGUCCUUUAACUAUUCAUGCUGUGCUCCAUGUCCCAUACUUGAUAGUCAUACCGGGCAACAUCGCUAAGCUUGGUUUAGAC